AUCACGGAAGCACAUGGUGGUGAUUGUGUCCAUACUGCUGGAUGUGUACAUUGUAACUCUCACAUUUUUAAACGGACGUUUAAUUUAAUUACUAGCGCGUUUUGGUUAUCUACACGAAGGAUUCAUUCAUAUCAUCAUGGUCCGAGCAAAACGAGCUACGAAGAUGAAAAGGCCAAAAAAGACGGAGCAAUAUGAUGAAGAUGAUCCUGAAGCCUACACGAACAUGCCUUUACCUGAUAAGAAAUCUUCCAAGUACGCUAAGGACAAAAUUGACGAGUUUCACGAUGAGAAAAUCAGAAAACUCCUUGCCAGUGGUGUUCAGAUGGAGAGCGAUGUGGAAGAACUGGAUGAUGAGGAGGAAGUGAUGGCUUUGGAUGAUUCAGAGUCAGAGGAGGAAGAAGAAGAAGAGGAGGAUGAGGGAACAGACAUGGAGAGCGAUCUAGAGGGAAAAAAAGAAGAAGGUUCAUAUAAAAUUACUAGAUAUUUCUAUGAUUUUGGUUCACUUUUGUACAACCUUAAAGUAACUCUAAAGUUGCUGCCUUCCUCAGAUCUUCCAAAUGAAAUGGCCUGGGGCACCAAGAAGAAGAUGUUCUACGACACAGACUAUGUGGCCACCAAGGGGAAAUCACAGGAAGAGGUGGAAGCUGAAGAACAAGAGGAAGAAGAAGAAGCCAAAAAAAUCCAAAACCGCUUGGCUGAAAAUCUGAGUGAGGAGGAUUAUGAUUUAAAUCUUUUUCAGGAGUUUGCUGUAAAGGAAAAAGAUGAAGAAAAGGCUGUAGAAAAGGAAGAGAGGAUUGUGAAAGACCUGAAGCAGAUGUCUCAGAAGGAAAAGAUGAAACUUCUGAAGAAAGAGUCACCAGAGCUGCUUGAACUCAUUGAGGACUUCAAAGCAAAGCUCACUGAACUGAAGGAGGAGCUGCAGCCCCUCGUUAAGAUGGUUGAGGACGGAAAGAUCCCACCAGGCAAGGGCGCUGACUAUCUCAAGACAAAACAACAACUUUAUCUCAAUUACUGCACAAAUAUCAGUUUCUACCUGGUACUGAAAGCCAAACGCAUCCCUGCUCAUAACCAUCCUGUGAUUGAAAGGCUGCUCACCUACAGAAAUCUCAUCAAUGAACUGGGCUCAGUAGAUGCUCGGCUUGCACCGCAGUAUCGCCAGCUACUGGCAGGCGAAGAGAGGGAAGAGGCCCCGAGCAGACCAGCAGAAAGCAAGAAGACGAAGAUCUCCAAUAAGAACAAAAAGGAUUCUGGAGAAGCUCAUCCUGAGGCGGAGGAGGACUCAGACUCUGACCUGGAUGAGGAAGCCGCUCUGCGCUUCUAUCGAGACAUUGAGCAGCGAAUGAAAAAGAAGAGGAAGAGUGAUGUGCCAGAAGCUGAAGAGAUGGAGGAGGAUGAGGAGGAAGAGCUGGAUCCAGAUGCUAAGAGAGGAAUCACUUACCAGAUGGCAAAGAACAAGGGGCUCACACCAAAGAGGAAGAAGAUCGACCGCAAUCCCCGAGUCAAACACAGAGAGAAGUUCAGACGAGCCAAAAUCCGCAGAAAGGGCCAGGUCCGCGAGGUUCGUAAGGAGGAGACAAGAUACAGUGGAGAGCUGUCUGGUAUUCGUGCUGGUGUCAAGAAGAGUGUCAAGUUUAAGUAACUGGGUGGGAAUCCAAAAUGUGCUGCUAAAUGUAGUUAUGAGAGUGAAAAAACAACAUUUGACUGUAUUUGUAAAUGUUUAUUAUUACUGGUGAUCACUGUAGUACAGCAUAUUAAAGGCUUUUUCAUCUGCCA